AAGACUGUAACUGGAGAAUCUGGUGGAAGCCAGUAACAAUCUUCAAGGGAGAGAGUCAUUUAGUCCGUGGUGGUCUCACAACUAUCUUAUGGUUAUUGUAUAUACAUAUAUAUUUAAUUAUUUAUUUUUAAAUAUAGACUUUAUUUAGUUUUUAUUAUUUCAAAACCAACAACAUUAAUCAGCAGUGAUCUGUGCGCGCUCUCAGAUAAAUCUUCACAAGCCUGAGGUGGUGGAUCAGAAGAAAGGGAAAUGGGCGAUUAUGGUAUCGAAGAACAGGACACUUUUCCCGUGCAGAUGGGCGAGGAAGGUGGCAAUCGAGGAAAUCCCAAGAGAAGAAGUCGGAGGGUAGAGAAUAUUCAUAAGAAUGUUUCUAGGUGGAUGCUUCCCGAGGAGUUACGGGAGACGUAUUUGGAGCGCGCGAACUGCUGUCCGCCACCUAUCUUCAUCAUCCUUGUCAGUUUAGCGGAGUUGGGAGUGUUUAUCUACUAUGCAGUAUGGAAGCCUCAAAAGCAGUGGAUAACCCUGGGAACAGGGAUCUGGAAUAGUCCUCUUACCUAUAAACCUGAAAACCGUGGUGAGGCUUGGCGGUUUCUCUCCUACAUGUUUGUACAUGCCGGUGUGGAGCAUAUAAUGGGAAACCUGAUCAUGCAGCUUUUUCUGGGCAUUCCCCUGGAGCUGGUGCAUAAGGGCUUUGAAGUUGGCAUGGUCUAUAUGGCUGGAGUCCUUGCAGGCUCUCUCGCCAGCUCCAUCUUCGAUCCUUACAGUGCUCUUGUGGGUGCUUCAGGUGGUGUUUAUGCCCUCAUAGGAGGUUACUUCAUGAAUGCUGUGGUGAAUUUCAGGGAGAUGAUGCCACUUCUGGGAGUGUUUCGCAUCCUGGUAAUUGUUCUGAUUGUUGGAACAGAUGUUGGAUUUGCUAUUUACAGAAGAUUCAUUAACCACGAGGCUGGGAUGAAGGUCUCUUUUGUGGCUCAUAUUGCCGGUGGGGUAGCAGGCAUGACCAUUGGUUAUGUGUUUUUCACCAACUUCAAUAAAGAGCUCCUGAAGGAUCCACGCUUCUGGAUGUGCAUUUUGGCAUACAUCGCUGCCUUCUGUUUUGCUGUAGGUUUCAACAUCUUCUUGUCCCCAGUGACUGCAUGAGGAGGAUGUGUGUGUUAAAGUUAUAUGUCAGAAUAUCCUGUUGGUCUUUUUUAAAGGUUGAAUGCUAAUACACUAUAUGUAAAGGAAACAA